CGGGACACAAAGUUUUGGUAAGUAGCUAAUUUGUUGCAAAAUAUUUAAAGAACAAAUCUGAGUGGUCUGCAUCGCCGGAAAAAGCAGACACGAGACCCUUACUGAUGCGACUCUGCGAUACUUUCUCGUUGCAGGAACUCUUCCAUGGACCCACUUUUGCCUUCAAGGACGUGGCUCUUCAAAUGCUCGGUAACUUCUUCGAGUAUUUUUUGGAGACUGGGUCCAAUGAUGGGCGACUUGCUGUUCUUGGCGCAACAUCCGGAGACACCGGUUCCGCUGCUAUCUAUGGUCUCCGUGGGAAGAAGGGGGUAGAUUGCGUUAUUCUCUUUCCCAAAGGUAGAGUUUCCGCGAUUCAGGAACGCCAAAUGACUACGGUUCAGGAUGACAAUAUUCACUGUGUUGCCAUCGAAGGGACUUUCGAUGAUUGCCAAGAUAUUGUUAAGGCCAGUUUCAACUCGCCUGAAUUUAGAGAUCGUGUCAAGCUUGGAGCAGUUAACUCCAUCAACUGGUGCCGUGUAUUGGCGCAAAUUACUUACUACUUUUGGAGUUAUCUUAGAGUUACUGACGAAGAUGAACAUAAAGAUGCUAAGGUUGGCUACUCUGUUCCCACAGGAAACUUCGGAGAUAUUCUGGCAGGUUUCUAUGCCAAGCAAAUUGGUCUCCCCGUUGGAAAACUCAUCGUAGCCACCAACGAGAAUGAUAUCCUUCAUCGAUUCUUUACGAAAGGAGAGUACCACCGUGAAGCUAUCAAUAAGACUAUCUCACCUUCCAUGGAUAUUUGCGUCUCUAGUAACUUUGAGCGAUACCUUUUCUUYUUGGCCGGAAAUGAUUCCGCGAAACUUGCGGAGUGGAUGACAACGUUUGAGGAAACGAAGAAACUCACAAUUGAAGGGGAAUUGCUCGCUAAGGCACAAAGCGACUUCAGCUCGGCCAGGGCCGAUACAAGCAUGACUUUAGAUAUUAUUCGAGAAUACAAUGAAAAUCACAACUAUGUUAUGUGCCCGCACACUGCCGUGGGUGUCAGUGCCAUACAUCAAACGAACGAUGUCGUCGAGACAAUGGUGUGCCUGGCUACUGCUCACGAAGGAAAAUUCCCAGCUGCUGUGAACCAGGCAAUAGAUCCCCUUCCGACACCACCAGAACAGCUUGCGUGUCUUCUCGAUCUCCCUACCCGUCUUUCAGAAUGUCCCAACGACGUGCAACAUGUCCACGAUUUCAUGGAGAAAAAGAUCGCUGAGAGAAUGGCGAAAGCUUGAAGAAACCAAAUGCGUUUCGAGUAAAAGACUCGCAAACAG